UAAAGCACUUCGGCGUUUUGCCUGCCAUUGGAGUCAGCGGUCUAAGAGGCAAAUACAGAUUCAUUUGACAAAAAAGGGGGGGGGGCGUUUUAUAUUUAUUUUAGUAGUUUAAGAACAAGAUGGCGGAAAAAUUCGACAACCUCGAAGAGCACCUGGAGAAAUUCAUCGAGAACAUUCGACAGUUGGGGAUCAUCGUCAGCGACUUCCAGCCCAGCAGCCAGACGGGGCUCAACCAGAAGCUGAACUUCAUGAUCUCCGGCCUGCAGGACAUCGAGAAGUGCCGCCAGCAGCUCCACGAGAUCAACGUCCCGCUGGAGGUGUUCGAAUACAUUGACCAAGGUCGCAACCCUCAGCUGUACACCAAGGAGUGUCUGGAGAGGGCGUUGGCGAGGAACGAGCAGGUGAAGGGGAAGAUCGACACCAUGACGAAAUUCAAGAGCCUCUUGAUCUCCGAGCUGGGCAAAGUGUUCCCGGAGGAGAUGGUGAAGUACAAGGCCAUCCACGGGGAGGACGGCCCCUCCUAGUGAGCGCCACCGCCACGCCACCACCACGCCACCACCACCACCACGCCACCACCACGCCACCACCACGCCACCACCACGCCACCACCACCACCACCACGCCAC